AUGCACGGGCCAUCCCGCGCCCCCACACAGCCUCCCGCCACGCCGUCUACCAUUGUUCUUUUUCAUGUACUUUUUCUCACAGGCGUUAAAGAGAAUCCAAACAACGUCAGAAUUGUUCUGAUUGGGAAAACUGGCAGUGGAAAGAGUUCAACAGGAAACACCAUCCUGGGUAGAGAAGAGUUUGAAGCAAAAUUGAGUCAAAAAUCUGUCACAAAGGAAUGUGUGAAAGCAAAGACUGAAAUAGAUGGACGGUCAGUUUUUGUGGUUGACACACCUGGACUUUUUGACAAUAGUUUGAGUCUUAAACAGACUCAGGAUGAGCUGGUGGAGUGUGUUACUCUGGUAGCUCCAGGUCCUCAUGUCUUCCUGCUGGUUGUACAGAUCGGCAGAUUCACACCAGAGGAGAAGGAAACGGUAGAAAUGAUCAAGAAAAUCUUUGGGAAGAAUUCAGAGACGUUCACCAUCGUUCUUUUAACUGGAGGAGAUUCACUGAAGAAAAAUGGCAUCACUGUUGAAGAUUAUAUUGAAAAGGAAAGUGAUGAUUCUUUCAAGAAUCUGAUCACUGACUGUGGAGGAAGAUACCAUGUGUUUAAUAAUUCUGAUGUAGAAAAUCGUUCUCAGGUCAGAGAGCUGAUCAGGAAGAUCGACGACAUGGUGAAGGAAAAUGGAGGAAGUUUCUACACCAAUGAGAUGCUGCAGGCGGCCGAAGCUGCUAUACAGAAGGAAAUGCAGAAAAUUGUAAAUCAGAGAGAAGAAGAAAUUAACAAGAAGGUCAAAGAACUUGAAAGAAACAUUUCAGCAGAAAAAGAGGCCAUGAAAAGAAGACUGGAAGAAGAAAUUGAUCAGCAGAGAAAAAUACUGCAGGAAAUGGAGGAAGAGAUCAGUAGAGAAAUUGAGCUGAGAAAGAAAGAACCAAAAUCCAAGGAGAGAAGAGAGAAGUGGAGGAAAAUUCAAGAAGAAAAGGAAAAGAUACUGUUGAUGGAGGAGCUGGCAGUUUUAGAGGAAAAGAUGGAAUCAGGAGUAAAAGGUGAAGCUGCUGAUGAAUCAUUGGAGAUAAAAAGAAGAGAACUGGAAGAGAAAUUAAGGCUGAUGGACGAGGAACGACAAGAAGGGCAUGAAAAGAGAUGUCGGUGA